CGCUGGCGAGGAGCACAAGAAGACAGAACCGGCCAAAGCAAAGCAAGGAGCUGGCCGCAUGCCAAGAAGCUGGCCGGUUCUACUCUGGGCGCCGAAUGUCAUCGGGUACGUGCGGAUCGUGUUGACCUUUGUGGGCUACCACUACGCGAUGCACGACUGGCGGCUCACCGUCGGCACCUAUGGACUCGACGCUGCGGAUGGGCUCGCGGCGAGGCUGCUCGGCCAGUCCUCCACGUUUGGCGCGGUGCUGGACAUGACGCCGGCCCCUCCAGCCCUCCUCCCCGAAGCGGUGACAGCGGGUGGCCUCGGUGGCGGCUCCUGGAGCCAACCGUGUGUGUGUGCAUGUGCGGUGCUCUGCGCGCUCGUCACCCUCGACAUGUUUUCGCACUGGUACCACAUGUACGCCUCGCUCAAGCUCGGCCUCGGAUCGCACAAGGAGAGCACACGCAGUAAUGCACUUCGCCGCAGCGCACUCGCCGCAGCGAACGAGUGCGAGAAUGCGCUGCUCCGCUUCUACUACAAGAAGCCCGUCCUCUUCGUCGCCUGCGCCGGCACCGAGUUUUGGUACGUCGCGAUGUAUGCGGCGCACUUUGCCGACGCCGCGGACUAUGCCGGCCUGGUCUUGCGAGCGACGCUGCCAAUCAUGCUCUUCAAGCAGGUCUGCAACGCGGUGCAGCUCGGCGUGGCGAUGCGACUCAUUCUCGAGUACGACGAGCAGGAGCGCCAAAAGGCGGAGAAGGCGGCCUAGCCGGCCCCGUCCCCCCGCCUGUCCGCCUGCUGCCCCGCUCUGCGUGAUUCCAUGCCGCCGCCCCCCUGAUGUGUUGCCGGCCUGCGGUCCUCGUGUUGUGGCACGACCGCCCCGCUCCUCUUUCUCGCGCGCGGCGCGCUUCACCUUCAGCACGCCGCCCUUGACAGCACGAGACGCGGGCGGAAUCGCUGUCGGGAAGCGGAUGGUCGGGGUGGAUGACAAUGCUAUCAUAUCGAC